GCGCCCGGCGCGCCUCGGAGCGCAAGUUCCUCGCCUUCUCCUGCCCGCUCGCUGGGCAUUAUGCGGCCAAGCAGCCGAGCCCCAGUCCUCCUCCUCCUCCUGCUCCUCCGGCUCCUCCUGCGGCCCGAGCGGCUCAGCUCUCGGCAGGCGGCGGCGUUGCUCAGCCGAGCGCAGACGGGACCCUCGCAGCGAGACCUCAGCGACUCCUAAAGUCAAAAGUUGGCGGCGGGCGCCGGGCUCCGCGCGCUCUCCACGGCCGCUGCCUCGCGUCGCCGCCGCAGCCAAGGAGGGCAGGAGGGAGGGGGGUGGGGGCAGCGGAGGGAGGGGUGGGAAGCACCAUGCAGUUUGUAUCCUGGGCCACACUGCUAACGCUCCUGGUGCGGGACCUGGCCGAGAUGGGGAUCCCAGACGCCGCGGCGGCCGUGCGCAAGGACAGGCUGCACCCGAGGCAAGUGAAAUUAUUAGAGACCCUGAGUGAAUACGAAAUCGUGUCUCCCAUCCGAGUGAACGCUCUCGGAGAACCCUUUCCCACGAACGUCCACUUCAAAAGAAGGCGACGGAGCAUUAACUCUGCCACUGACCCCUGGCCUGCCUUCGCCUCCUCCUCUUCCUCCUCUACCUCCUCCCAGGCGCAUUACCGCCUCUCCGCCUUCGGCCAGCAGUUUCUAUUUAAUCUCACCGCCAAUGCCGGAUUUAUCGCUCCACUGUUCACUGUCACCCUCCUCGGGACGCCCGGGGUGAACCAGACCAAGUUUUAUUCCGAAGAGGAAGCGGAACUCAAGCACUGUUUCUACAAAGGCUAUGUCAAUACCAAGUCCGAGCACACGGCCGUCAUCAGCCUCUGCUCGGGAAUGCUGGGCACAUUCCGGUCUUAUGAUGGGGAUUAUUUUAUUGAACCACUACAGUCCAUGGAUGAACAAGAAGAUGAAGAGGAACAAAACAAACCCCACAUCAUUUAUAGGCGCAGCACCCCCCAGAGAGAGCCCUCAAUGGGAAGGCAUGCAUGUGACACCUCAGAACACAAAAAUAGGCACAGUAAAGACAAGAAGAAAACCAGAGCAAGAAAAUGGGGAGAAAGGAUUAACCUGGCUGAUGACGUGGCAGCAUUAAACAGCGGCUUAGCAACAGAGGCAUUUUCUGCCUAUGGUAAUAAGACGGACAACACAAGAGAAAAGAGGACCCACAGAAGGACAAAACGUUUUUUAUCCUAUCCACGGUUUGUAGAAGUCUUGGUGGUGGCAGACAACAGAAUGGUUUCAUACCACGGAGAAAACCUUCAACACUAUAUUUUAACUUUAAUGUCAAUUGUAGCCUCUAUCUAUAAAGACCCAAGUAUUGGAAAUUUAAUUAAUAUUGUUAUUGUGAACUUAAUUGUGAUUCAUAAUGAACAGGAUGGGCCUUCCAUAUCUUUUAAUGCUCAGACAACAUUAAAAAACUUUUGCCAGUGGCAGCAUUCGAAGAACAGUCCAGGUGGAAUCCAUCAUGAUACUGCUGUUCUCUUAACAAGACAGGAUAUCUGCAGAGCUCACGACAAAUGUGAUACCUUAGGCCUGGCUGAACUGGGAACCAUUUGUGAUCCCUACAGAAGCUGUUCUAUUAGUGAAGAUAGUGGAUUGAGUACAGCUUUUACGAUUGCCCAUGAGCUGGGUCAUGUGUUUAACAUGCCUCAUGAUGACAACAACAAAUGUAAAGAAGAAGGAGUUAAGAGUCCCCAGCAUGUCAUGGCUCCAACACUGAACUUCUACACCAACCCCUGGAUGUGGUCAAAGUGUAGUCGAAAAUAUAUCACUGAGUUUUUAGACACUGGUUAUGGCGAGUGUUUGCUUAAUGAACCUGAAUCCAGACCCUACCCUUUGCCUGUCCAACUGCCAGGCAUCCUUUACAACGUGAAUAAACAAUGUGAAUUGAUUUUUGGACCAGGUUCUCAGGUGUGCCCAUAUAUGAUGCAGUGUAGACGGCUCUGGUGCAAUAAUGUCAAUGGAGUACACAAAGGCUGCCGGACUCAGCACACACCCUGGGCCGAUGGGACGGAGUGCGAGCCUGGAAAGCACUGCAAGUAUGGAUUUUGUGUUCCCAAAGAAAUGGAUGUCCCUGUGACAGAUGGAUCCUGGGGAAGUUGGAGUCCCUUUGGAACCUGCUCCAGAACAUGUGGAGGGGGCAUCAAAACAGCCAUUCGAGAGUGCAACAGACCAGAGCCAAAAAAUGGUGGAAAAUACUGUGUAGGACGUAGAAUGAAAUUUAAGUCCUGCAACACGGAGCCAUGUCUCAAGCAGAAGCGAGACUUCCGAGAUGAACAGUGUGCUCACUUUGACGGGAAGCAUUUUAAUAUCAACGGUCUGCUUCCCAAUGUGCGCUGGGUCCCUAAGUAUAGUGGAAUUCUGAUGAAGGACCGGUGCAAGUUGUUCUGCAGAGUGGCAGGGAACACGGCCUACUAUCAGCUUCGAGACAGAGUGAUAGACGGAACUCCUUGUGGCCAGGACACAAACGAUAUCUGUGUCCAGGGUCUUUGCCGGCAAGCUGGAUGCGAUCAUGUUUUAAACUCAAAAGCCCGGAGAGAUAAAUGUGGGGUUUGUGGUGGCGAUAAUUCUUCAUGCAAAACAGUGGCAGGAACAUUUAAUACAGUACAUUAUGGUUACAACACUGUGGUCCGAAUUCCAGCAGGUGCUACCAAUAUUGAUGUGCGGCAGCACAGUUUCUCAGGGGAAACAGACGACGACAACUACUUAGCUUUAUCAAGCAGUAAAGGUGAAUUCUUGCUAAAUGGAAACUUUGUUGUCACAAUGGCCAAAAGGGAAAUCCGCAUUGGGAAUGCUGUGGUAGAGUACAGUGGAUCCGAGACUGCCGUAGAAAGAAUUAACUCAACAGAUCGCAUUGAGCAAGAACUUUUGCUUCAGGUUUUGUCGGUGGGAAAGUUAUACAACCCCGAUGUACGCUAUUCUUUCAAUAUUCCAAUUGAAGAUAAACCUCAGCAGUUUUACUGGAACAGUCAUGGGCCGUGGCAAGCAUGCAGUAAACCCUGCCAAGGGGAACGGAAACGAAAACUUGUUUGCACCAGGGAAUCUGAUCAGCUUACUGUUUCUGAUCAAAGAUGCGAUCGGCUGCCCCAGCCUGGACCCAUUACUGAACCCUGCGGCACAGACUGUGACCUGAGGUGGCAUGUGGCCAGCAGGAGUGAAUGUAGUGCCCAGUGUGGUUUGGGUUACCGCACAUUAGACAUCUACUGUGCCAAAUAUAGCAGGCUGGAUGGGAAGACCGAGAAGGUUGAUGAUGGUUUCUGCAGUAGUCAUCCCAAACCAAGCAACCGUGAAAAAUGCUCAGGGGAAUGUAACACAGGUGGCUGGCGCUAUUCUGCCUGGACUGAAUGUUCUAAAAGCUGUGAUGGUGGGACCCAGAGGAGAAGGGCCAUUUGUGUCAAUACCCGAAAUGAUGUGCUGGAUGACAGCAAAUGCACACAUCAAGAGAAAAUUACCAUUCAGAGGUGCAGUGAGUUCCCUUGUCCACAGUGGAAAUCUGGAGACUGGUCAGAGUGCUUGGUCACCUGUGGAAAAGGGCAUAAGCACCGCCAGGUCUGGUGUCAGUUUGGUGAAGAUCGAUUAAAUGAUAGAAUGUGUGACCCUGAGACCAAGCCAACAUCUAUGCAGACUUGUCAGCAGCCGGAAUGUGCAUCCUGGCAGGCGGGUCCCUGGGGACAGUGCAGUGUCACUUGUGGACAGGGAUACCAGCUAAGAGCAGUGAAAUGCAUCAUUGGGACUUAUAUGUCAGUGGUAGAUGACAAUGACUGUAAUGCAGCAACUAGACCAACUGAUACCCAGGACUGUGAUUUACCAUCUUGCCAUCCUCCCCCAGCUGCCCCGGAAACGAGGAGAAGCACAUACAGUGCACCAAGAACCCAGUGGCGAUUUGGGUCUUGGACCCCAUGCUCAGCCACUUGUGGGAAAGGUACCCGGAUGAGAUACGUCAGCUGCCGAGAUGAGAAUGGCUCUGUGGCUGACGAGAGUGCCUGUGCUACCCUGCCUAGACCAGUGGCAAAGGAAGAAUGUUCUGUGACACCCUGUGGGCAAUGGAAGGCCUUGGACUGGAGCUCUUGCUCUGUAACCUGUGGGCAAGGUAGGGCAACCCGGCAAGUGGUAUGUGUCAACUAUAGUGACCAUGUGAUCGUUCGGAGUGAGUGCGACCAGGAUUAUAUCCCAGAAACCGACCAGGACUGUUCCAUGUCACCAUGCCCUCAAAGGACCCCAGACAGUGGCUUAGCUCAGCACCCCUUCCAAAAUGAGGACUAUCGUCCCCGGAGCGCCAGCCCUAGCCGCACCCACGUACUCGGUGGAAACCAGUGGAGAACUGGCCCCUGGGGAGCAUGUUCCAGUACCUGUGCUGGCGGAUCCCAGCGGCGUGUUGUUGUAUGUCAGGACGAAAAUGGAUACACCGCAAACGACUGUGUGGAGAGAAUAAAACCUGAUGAGCAAAGAGCUUGUGAAUCCGGCCCUUGUCCUCAGUGGGCUUAUGGCAAUUGGGGAGAGUGCACUAAGCUAUGUGGUGGAGGCAUAAGAACAAGACUGGUGGUCUGUCAGCGGUCCAACGGUGAACGGUUUCCAGAUCUGAGCUGUGAAAUUCUUGAUAAACCUCCCGAUCGUGAGCAGUGUAACACACAUGCUUGUCCACACGACGCUGCAUGGAGUACUGGCCCUUGGAGCUCGUGUUCUGUCUCUUGUGGUCGAGGGCAUAAACAACGAAAUGUUUACUGCAUGGCAAAAGAUGGAAGCCAUUUAGAAAGUGAUUACUGUAAACACCUGGCUAAGCCACAUGGGCACAGAAAGUGCCGAGGAGGAAGAUGCCCCAAAUGGAAAGCUGGCGCUUGGAGUCAGUGCUCUGUGUCCUGUGGCCGAGGCGUACAGCAGAGGCAUGUGGGCUGUCAGAUCGGAACACAUAAAAUAGCCAGAGAGACCGAGUGCAACCCGUACACCAGACCGGAGUCGGAACGCGACUGCCAAGGCCCACGGUGUCCCCUCUACACUUGGAGGGCAGAGGAAUGGCAAGAAUGCACCAAAACCUGCGGCAAAGGCUCCAGGUACCGCAAGGUGGUGUGUGUGGAUGACAGCAAAAAUGAGGUGCAUGGUGCACGCUGUGACGUGAGCAAGCGGCCGGCGGACCACGAAAGCUGUAGUUUGCAACCCUGCGAGUAUGUCUGGAUCACAGGAGAAUGGUCAGAGUGCUCAGUGACCUGUGGAAAAGGCUACAAACAAAGGCUUGUCUCAUGCAGCGAGAUUUACACCGGAAAGGAGAAUUAUGAAUACAGCUACCAAACCACUGUCAACUGCCCGGGCACGCAGCCCCCCAGUGUUCACCCCUGUUACCUGAGGGAGUGCCCUGUCUCGGCCACCUGGAGAGUUGGCAACUGGGGAAGUUGCUCAGUGUCUUGUGGUGUUGGAGUGAUGCAGAGAUCUGUGCAAUGUUUAACCAAUGAGGACCAACCCAGCCACUUAUGCCACACUGAUUUGAAGCCAGAAGAACGAAAAACCUGCCGCAAUAUCUAUAACUGUGAGUUACCCCAGAAUUGCAAGGAAGUAAAAAGACUCAAAGGUGCCAGUGAAGAUGGUGAAUAUUUCCUGAUGAUUAGAGGAAAGCUUCUGAAGAUAUUCUGUGCGGGGAUGCACUCUGACCACCCCAAAGAGUACGUGACACUGGUGCAUGGAGACUCAGAGAAUUUCUCCGAGGUUUAUGGACACAGGUUACACAACCCAACGGAAUGUCCCUAUAACGGGAGCCGGCGUGAUGAUUGCCAAUGUCGGAAGGAUUACACGGCGGCUGGGUUUUCCAGUUUUCAGAAAAUCAGAAUAGACCUGACCAGCAUGCAGAUAAUAACCACUGACUUACAAUUUGCAAGGACAAGCGAAGGACAUCCCGUCCCUUUUGCCACAGCCGGGGAUUGCUACAGCGCUGCCAAGUGCCCACAGGGUCGUUUUAGCAUCAACCUUUAUGGAACCGGCCUUUCUUUAACUGAAUCUGCCAGAUGGAUAUCACAAGGGAAUUACGCUGUCUCUGACAUCAAGAAGUCUCCGGUAGAAGAUUCUGGAACAGGCCUUCAGAGACAGGCAGCAUGAAAGGAUGAUCACGUCUUGGCUGGGUGUGAGAGGCGCUUACAGGGCUUUUUGUCUUCCUUGUGUGCCAGGGGAAUUUGCAGGGUCAGGGAAGAACUCGGGUCACUGUUCUAAGGGAUAUAUUCUAACAGACAUUCCUGUGCUAGAGCAUGGGCUGUAAAUCAAAGAACUGCUUUGAAAUUAAAAAAUAACAAAAGUUAUAUUACCAUAGAGGGGAUGGAUUCAGUUCCUAUCCUUCAGUUCACUUACAAACAGUGGAGUUCAGGCACCUGAAAUAAACACACGUGUGUACACACACACAUGCUCAGUGCCGUCCACUCUCAUGUAUCGAUCUGGGCUACCUCUGAACUUGCUGUCAACUUAUGAAAGUCCAACUAUCCACCAAGUGUAAAAAUCAUACCACAGACCAGUAGAGUAAAAUGCUGUACAUGUACAUUUUAGGUAGUCUAAUUUUUAUUCUAUAUACUCCUAUACAAAUUAGACAUUUAUACAUAUAUUCAUAUAUAGGUAAGUGUCCAGGGCUAUAUUCAGGAAAAAAAAAAAACCUAUAUGCUGUAUUUUAUGGGCAAUUUCAGGGACAUUCAAGGGUAAAUUUCAUUGCACGUAACCUUGACCUUAACAGGCAGAUUUUAACCCCUAUGAUCAUUAUAAUCUCUGUUCAUUACUAUCUGUAUGGAUUUUCUUAGCAAAAUCCCCACCUCCACCCCCAACUCAGCUUGCUUCUACCCCCAGCACCCUCUGACGACUUAUUAAAUAAGUCUUUAAAUAAGCACAUUCCAGUCAAAGACGUGCUGGUCUUCCCAAAUCAAAGAAGCCAAUCUGCCCUCCUCAUACAGAUUGAAAAAAAUAGAAGAAUUAGUGAAAAGUGUGAAAUACAAACUAUUCUUAAUGGAACAGAGAUUCAUUCACUUAAUUAUAUGUAAUAGCUUAAACCAGGCUAGCAAAAUAGUCAUCGAAAAGAGAUUUUUAGAAGGCCUGCUUUAAUGAAGAAAUAAAAAUUAGUGUUUUAAGGAAUGGGAGUGGGUGCUUCUAAUAUAUUUGUUUUCUGAAAUAGACACUGUCUGCUUGACAGUUGGGUUUUUGGUAUUUACUUGCUCAGUGUGACUGUUUUUAUUCUUUAGGAUAAAUAAGUUUUAGCUCAGCCUUUAUCUCAAUUAAAUAACGGAAUCCCAGUUAAGGAGAUAGCAGUAAUGGUAUAAACCCAGUAUUGGAUUUAUUUUUUUAAUUUUAUAAUUUUAUAAUUACCCAGACUUUUACUCAUUUCCCUGAAAACAGGCUAUGAUGGAUAUUUACACAUUAAAAAUGCCUUUAUGAUAAUAGCAGUUCAUAUUUAUUGAGCACAUAUAUUAGGCCAAGUACUAUGCUAAGCACAUUACAUGCAUUAUCUCAUUUACAGCAAACCUGUGGGGGGGCACUAUUAUUAUCCCUAUUUUACAGAUGUACCAGGAACUGAGGCAUAAAGAGGUUGUUCAAGAUGCGGUACAAGCUCCAGGCAGUCUGAUUCAGGUUCGCUCCUCUGCUGGGUCAGGAGAGUUUGAGUAAAGCAUAAGUUUUGAUGAUACAGAAGGCAUUCUUUGCCUGCCUGUAUCGUGAAGGCCCCUGGCCCUAUACGUAAGCCUGGUGAGAAAGUUCCUCACGGAAGACCAGUUAGUCUGGCCUCAAAUCCAGUCGCUGGUGGCAUGGGCCAGCUCCAGAACUACCACAGGCCCCAAAAACCAAGACCAGGUGGGAGGAUGGAAAUAACUCUCCCAACUCAGUUCCAUUCAUCAUCAAAUGCAUGCAAAUUUUUAAAAAUUAAAAGAAAUUAUUUUGUCCUAUUUUAUUAUUAAACUGGCACUGUUUUUCUUUUGUCUUUCUUUUGUAUUUUUAUUGGUAUAUCGUAGUCAUACAUAUUUUUGGUUAUACAAGUAAUGAUUUGUGUAUACAACAUGUAAUGAUCAAAUCAGGGUAAUUGGGAUACCCAACACCUCAAACAUUUA